GGCAUAUUAGAUGAACUGCAUGCCGUCGGCAUGCGAGAUCUCUUGCUGUCUGAUAUACCUAGAAUCGUUCUUUGGAUACUUGAGCUCAAGUGAUCCUUCGAGACAGCUUUGUCUGUGCUGUUCCACUGUGUCUAGUCGACCCAUAUGGUCUCUGGUUACGAGUGAUAUGCCCAUAUCAGUUGUCCCUAGUGCCAUCAUGAUGAAUCUAUCAACCUGAAGAAAUAAGGCAAUAUUCAGGUGCUCGAUCACAGAUUCGGAGAUGGCGGCCAAUUAUUGGGCGUCAACGCAGCGUCGACAUUGGCUGUUUACAAGAGAAAAAUUAGCGGAAAUUCGGGAAAUCUUUCGUGAAAGCGAUAAAGUUGCUCAUUCCCAGUUCCCCCUACCGGACCAGAGACUACUCAAUAUCUAUUUCAGUCAGCAACUUAUAAAGCUUGGAAAGCGAAUGUCAACCAGACAGCAAGCUCUUGCAACCGCUCAAGUGUAUAUCAAGCGAUUCUAUACGAAGAAUGAGAUCAGGCAUACAAACCCGUACCUCGUUCUUACGACUGCUUUUUAUCUCUCUUGCAAAAUGGAAGAGUGUCCGCAACAUAUCCGUUUUGUUGUCGGUGAAGCCCGGAGCCUCUGGCCAGAAUUCAUUACUCCGGAUGUUUCAAAACUAGGCGAAUGCGAAUUUUCCCUGAUAUCAGAGAUGAACUCGCAACUCAUUGUGCACCAUCCAUAUCGAACAUUAUCAGAGCUUCAGCCCGAACUGUCACUCACGUCGGAUGAGGUUGCUCUUGCAUGGUCUGUGAUCAAUGAUCACUACCUGACGGACCUACCUCUCCUAUAUGCCCCUCAUGUCAUUGCAGUCAUGGCUAUUAUUGUCGCAGUCGUCUUCAAGCCAAGUUCGGGGAAUUUCCACGGGUCUGCGGCGCCCGUCCUCGCCGGCGCAAUGAGGGAUGGUGGAAUGAAUGUGCUGGCUGCAUUAGGAGACCGGACUGGUUCCGGGCCUCCUCCCAAAAUACAGAAACUCAUCAGCUGGCUUGCUGAGAGUGAAGUCGACAUCAAAGGUGUCAUUGAGUGCACCCAGGAAUUGGUGUCUCUUUAUGAAGUUUGGGAGCAGUACAGCGAGAAGACUUGCAAGGAGCUACUUGGGCGGAUGGUCAAAACCAAAAAUCUGGACAAAUGACGAUAAAGUCUUCAUUUAAUCUUAGUUUCACGGGCAUUGAAAUGGCGUUCAAGGUCUUCAGUUGCUGCAUUUGCAUGUUCUAGGUGCAGUUUUGGCAUACUCUGUUAUUCGGUCAUUUAGCAGGUCGUGGACAUAUACCCACAAACUCGUUCUGUACUUGCUCACUCGCAAGUAUGUAAAAUGAUUCUAAAGCUCAC